AUGGCGUUCUUGGACUCAAUCGGAAACGUAGAAACUUAUACGGAAUUAAAGAGAUUGAUCGCGGAAUUGGACAAUUCGGAAAUAAACGAUAGUUUGGAAAAAUUGAAUUUGGACACUUUCGGUACUCGAAAACUGAAAUGUUCACGAUUACGAAAAGGGAUAAAACUCCUCAAGGGCUGGCCUACGCGAGAUUCGGAUUAUACGUCAGCAACGUUUUUGACCACUAAUGAUGAAACUGAAAGGGAAAUCGAUUUCGAAAAUUUAGCCGCGGCUCUACCUAGUAAUAGACCGGUAAACACACCUCACAUCCCAGUGACCACGACAGUAGAGACAAGAGAAGCACACAUAGAACCACAGGCGGGACACUUGGGAAAUGAAAAGAAGUUCCAAAGGGUAGCUCUGCGAUACUACUGGCCGGGAAUGUUUCACGACGUGGUUCGUUAUGUCCGCACUGGUAGUCCCUGUCAAGAAUGUAAGGUGGAGCAAGCUCGCCCUGUCGGCAUGUUGGGCCAACGAGUUGUGGAGCAGCCCUGGACGGAUCUGUUCACCAAGUGGAUAGAGUGUGUUCAGAUACGAACGGCCAAUGGCUCAACCAUAAGAAGGGCGUUUGAAGACCUGGUGGUGUCACGCUGGGGAGUACCGGAAGUGGUUCAUACCGAUAAUGGUACCGAAUUUGUAAACAAGCAACUCGAACAAAUGUGUCGCAGCCUCGGUAUUAUUCACACCACUACACCGGUCUAUCAUGUGCAAGAAAAUCCCACGGAGAGGGUCAAUAGGGUUCUGAAGACGUUGAUCGUGUCAUUUCUCCAGAACAAUCACCAAGAUUGGGACUUGCACUUAUCGGAAUUUAGGUUCGCAUACAACUCGGCGUUGCAUGGUACCGUGAAAGUUUCCCCGGCUUUUCUGAACUUUGAGGGGAAUCCUCUCCCUUAUCGAACGAUGCGUAGGGACUUGGAAAGGAGCAAUCAGCAUGUGGAGCCUCAGCCUGAGGCUUGGCUCAAAAGAAUGGAACGUUUGGAUCAUCUUCGUAACUGGGUCUGUCGAAAUCUAGAUAAGGCAUACGAAACUCAAACCAAAUAUUAUAAUGCGGGUAAGAGAGAUCGCGAUUUCAGCGUCGGGGACCUAGUUCUAAGACGAAAUAGGAAGUUAUCGAAGAAGAUCGCUAACAUAGCAAGCAAGUUAUUCCCUAAGUUUGAGGGCCCGUUCAAGAUUAAGCGUCGCCUUUCUCCGGUCGUAUAUACGCUAAGGUCAAAAACUCCCACGCGACCAAUCGCUAGAGCUCUUUCGCCUGCGAAAUCCUGCCGUAACCACGGCACUGAAGACGAGGUUCUCCCGACUUCAAAGCAAUCAUCAGACGGCCCUGCACGCUGGACGGCAUUCUCUCAAGACGCCCAAUUUCCCGAAAUUAUAUGCCCAGAAGGGUCUCCCGUGAAUAGAGCACACAAGGUUUUUCAUCAUAUCCGGACCACACCGGGUCCGCCCGUCGCUCAUCGUGCGCGUAGAUUAUCCAGUGACAAGUACAACGUAGCGAAAAGGGAGUUCGAAGGGAUGUUACGAUCUGGAACGGCACGGCCGUCAGCAAGUAGCUGGGCGUCUCCCUUGCACUUGGUUCCAAAGAAGGGAGAUGAAUGGCGAGUUUGCGGGGACUAUCGCGCAUUCAACGAUAGAACUAUACCAGACCGGUAUCCUGUCAAGGGUCGAAGAGCUCUCGUCAACUAUCGACUAUGA